AUGUGCCUUACCAGAGCUGUCUGGUCUUCCGUGAGGUUUCAACCCGUGAGAGCGCAAGCGCAACAAAUUAGAGCCAUGCAUGUACAGUCGAUCCCGAUGUGGACCGGGAAGGGCAAUAACUAUGCCUACCUGGUCACGGAUGAACCUACUAAGGAGUCUGUUAUUAUUGACCCGGCUAAUCCGCCUGAGGUGACUCCGACGCUGCAAUCUCAGAUUGACGCCGGGAAGAUCAAGCUUACGUCUAUUGUGAAUACUCAUCAUCACUGGGACCACGCCGGUGGUAACAAUGAAAUCCUAAAAACCUUCGGCCAACUCUCGGUCAUCGGCGGCAAGAAUUGCCAAUCUGUCACCAGGACCCCGGCACACGGCGAAGUCUUCAAGAUCGGAGAGCGCAUCUCCGUUAAGGCGCUGCACACGCCCUGCCACACACAGGACAGUAUCUGCUACUUCAUGCAGGAUGGAGACGACAAGGUUGUCUUCACCGGUGAUACUUUGUUUAUCGGAGGAUGUGGCCGGUUUUUCGAGGGCACGGCCCCGGAAAUGCACAAGGCAUUGAACGAGACUCUGGCUGCACUGCCGGACGAUACUAAGGUUUACCCCGGACAUGAAUACACCAAGGGCAACGUCAAGUUCUGCCUUGCUGUUUCGCAGUCCGAGCCCAUCAAGAAGCUGGAGGCGUUUGCCAAUGCCAACCAAGAAACUCAGGGCAAGUUCACGAUUGGUGAUGAGAAGCUCCAUAAUGUAUUCAUGCGCGUCAACGACCCCGAGAUUCGGAAGAAGACCGGCAAGAAAGAUCCAGUGGAGGUUAUGGCGGCGCUGAGAGAGAUGAAGAACAAUAUGUAA